AUGGAAAUGGAAGAAGGUAGGAAUACAAAUGAGUACACACAAGAUGGAAGUGUGGAUCUUACUGGAAAAUCAAUUCUUAGAUCCAAUAUAGGUGGUUGGAAAGCUUGCUCAUUCCUAGUUGUGUAUGGAAUAUUUGAAAGAAUGGCUUUCUAUGGGAUAUCAUCAAAUUUAUUUGUAUAUUUGACAAAGAAACUUCACCAAGGAACUGUUACCUCUUCAAACAAUGUCACCAAUUGGAUUGGCACCAUUUUCAUUACUCCAAUAUUAGGAGCUUACAUUGCUGAUGAUCACCUUGGCCGCUAUUGGACUUUUGUCAUUUCCUCCCUUAUCUAUUUAUCCGGAAUGUGUCUGCUAACACUAACUGUUUCCCUUCCAAGCUUAAAGCCACCUGAAUGUCAUGAAACAGAUGUUACAAAAUGCAAGGAAGCUUCAACACAACAGCUAGUUGUAUUCUAUGUUGCACUCUACACUCUAGCAGUGGGAACAGGUGGAACCAAACCCAACAUUUCAACCAUUGGUGCUGACCAAUUUGAUGAUUUUGAUCCUAAAGAAAAGACACUUAAGCUUUCAUUCUUUAAUUGGUGGAUGUCUUGCUUUGUCAUUGGAUCUUUGUUUGCAUUUACAGUUAUAGUUUAUAUUCAAGAUAAUGUUGGAUGGACUCUUGGUUAUGCUUUUCCAACUAUUGGAUUUGCAAUAUCAAUCAUCACAUUCUUGGCAGGCACACCUUUCUAUAGACAUAAAUUGAUCAAAGGAAGUCCUUUUACUAGCAUGGCUAAGGUCUUUUUUGCAGCUCUAAGAAAAUGGAAGGUAGUUGUUCCUAAUGACCCUAAAGAACUUUAUGAGCUUAGUUUGGAACAGUAUGCAAAGAAAGGGAAAAUCAAGAUUGAACUGACUCAAACAUUCAGAUUCCUUAAUAAGGCAUGUGUGGAAAGUGGUUCAAGUACUUGUAGUGAAUGGAUGCUAUGCACAAUAACACAAGUAGAAGAGACCAAACAAAUCCUUAGCUUAAUCCCUAUUUGGGUUGCAACCUUUAUUCCAAGUGCAAUGAUUGCUCAAAUAAAUACCCUUUUUGUGAAGCAAGGAACUACUCUUGAUAGAUCCAUUGGUAACUUCAAUAUUCCUCCUUCAAGUUUAGCUGCAUUUACAGUUUUGACCAUGAUCAUCACAUACAUACUCUAUGAAAGUUUCUUUGUCAAGAUUAUGCAAAAGUUGACUAACAAUCCAAGAGGAAUCACUCUCCUUCAAAGAAUAAGCAUAGGAUUCAUAAUCCACAUUUUGAUAAUGAUAAUUGCAUAUUUAACUGAAAAACAUAGACUUAAUGUUGCAAAAGAACAUGGUGUAGUCGAAAACAAAAGGUUGGUUCCAUUGAGCAUAUUCAUUUUAGCUCCUCAAUUUAUACUUAUGGGAAUGGCGGAAGCCCUUUUAGAGGCCGCGAAAAUUGAGUUUUUCUAUGAUCAAGCACCAGAAAGUAUGAAGAGUCUCGGAACUUCGUAUUCGUUGACUACUACUGGCAUUGGUAGCUUUUUAAGCACUUUUCUUCUCUCAAUAGUUUCACACAUCACUGAGGAACAUGGUCACCAUCAAGGGUGGAUAAAGAACAACUUGAAUGCUUCUCAUCUUGAUUAUUACUAUGGAUUUUUGGCAAUACUAAAUAUCAUGAACUUUAUGUUCUUUAUGGUUGUUUCAAAGUCCUAUGUAUAUAGAGCUGAAGUUUCAGAUUCUUUGAAAGUGAUUCAAACAAAAUUGACAGAGAAGAUAGGUUCAAAGUAAAAUCAAGUGAAUUUAAAUUGAUUAGAAAA